GCAAACGCAUAAGCAAAGUUGGGAGUCGAAUUAACAUUUGCGGCACCGUCACCGUGAGCUUGUUCACGUAACUUAUGCCUUGGUUAUAAUGGACGGGGCGAAUCGUAACAAGUUGCGUCGAAUUCGUAAGGAUCUAUUGAUUUUAGAUUGUUCCGUUUUACGUUACGUUUACGUGCAUUAUAACCAUUUGCAUUCAUUUCCCAUGCAAUAGAUAAUUAAGUGAAAGUUCACUCCGUCCCGUUACUUCCAUUAUAACCAAGGCAUUACUUCAACCGAUUCAAGCUUCCUCUGGAUAAACUUGUGUAAACUUGCGGAAGUAUGUCGGUCUUUGGGCGGAUGUCUUGAUUGACAACACGAGUGGUCGUAAAACUGUUGUAUGAAGGAAUUAAUUUGGUCCCGAUUCCGGUAGUGCAUUUUUGGUCCCAAAUUUUGACAGCUUAUUGACAUUUGUGAUUUCAUUUAGUUUUGUUUUGUUUACAUUCGUGAUUUUCGCCAAGUAAAUUUUAAUUGAAAUUAUCCAUAUUUAAAACAAUGUCCAAUGAUAAACGCACCAUAUAUGUGGGUGCGCUAGCAGAUGAAGUCACCGAAAAGCUAUUGAAUGAUGCCUUCAUACCCUUCGGAGACAUUGCUGAUAUACAAAUGCCGGUCGACUAUGAAUCACAAAAGCAUCGCGGAUUUGCAUUUAUCGAAUAUGAAAUGUCGGAAGAUGCUGCUGCUGCAAUAGAUAAUAUGAACGAUUCGGAACUUUGCGGUCGCACGAUACGCGUAAAUCUCGCCAAGCCAGUGCGCAUCAAAGAGGGCAGCUUCAAACCUGUUUGGGCGGAAGAUGAAUGGUUACAGAAACAUGCCGGCGCAACAUUGAAAGGGGAUGAGGCUGAAACAUCUGAAGGUGGUACUGCUGUUGUCGAAGGUGGUGAAGUGUCUAAUAGCAAACCGAGCGGGCCAGCGGUUAUCGAGAAAGCAGAGCAGCGUAACCCACAAGUCUUCUUCGACAUACGGAUUAGCGGUCACGAUGUAGGACGAAUCAUUAUGCUGUUACGCGCUGAUGUAGUGCCAAAGACGGCGGAGAAUUUUCGUGCGCUGUGCACGCAUGAGCAAGGCUUCGGUUAUAAGGGCAGCACUUUUCAUCGCGUCAUACCAGAAUUUAUGUGUCAAGGUGGCGAUUUUACAAACAACAAUGGCACUGGUGGAAAAUCUAUAUAUGGGAAGAAGUUCGCCGACGAAAAUUUCACGUUGAAGCACAAUGGUUUUGGUACUUUAUCAAUGGCAAAUUCAGGAGCCAACACAAACGGCUCACAGUUCUUCAUUUGCACGACAAAAACCGAUUGGCUGGAUAACAAACACGUGGUUUUCGGCCAUGUUAUAAGUGGCGCCGAUGUUGUGCGGAAGAUGGAACGCUGUGGUAGCAAAUCUGGUACGCCAACGCAGAAAAUUGUAAUUUACUCUUGUGGAGAAUUGAAAUAACCAUAAAUAUGAAAUUUUAUUAAAACUUUGAUUUUUAUUUAAUACAUAUUUCAAAUC